GUUAUUAGUUGGCAACAUCGAAUGUAUAAUUUUGAGAAGGAUUGAUUUAUCUUAGUUCUAUGUUAGAUUUUAACAAUUUUAUAAUUACUCUAAAACAUUUAAAUACAUAUUAAAAAUCAUUUUCAUAACAAAAAGUAACUUGAUCUAUUCGAAAUGCUCUAAAAAGAUAUACAUCCAAAUCGUAACAAAUUAUUUUUCUGUAAAUCAAAAUGUUCAAUAUGAAAGGAAGCUACUAUUGAAUGAUUUUUUGAUAGACAUGUUUUACAUUGCAUCACUAGAAGAAAACUGUUCACUAUGUGAGCAGAAUAGAAUAUGGAUAUGUUGCCAUUUGACAACAUCUCGAUGAAAAUGAUCAAAAAUUUGCAAAAAAUUCGAUUUUUGUUUAUCUAUCAAAUUUGAACCCUUUGUGAUAUAAUUACAUGUCAUCCGAUUUAAUAAACUAUAUUUUCUUUUUUUGUCUCGAAGGUGAAAAAUUCUUAGAAAUUCUCUCGUAAGAUGUGUCUAACUUUAUAGAGUAUAAUUAAUUGAGAAUAUAUUUUAGACUGAAUAUUGGUCACCUGAUCAAUUAAAUCAAACAAAUGAUGAGAAAAAAAAAUCAAAUUCAAGUAAAGAUAAAAAAAAUGAAAGUCCAGUAAAAAAAAAGAAAAUUGAAGAUUUAAGUAAAUUAGUUACUAUAAAAGAUCCAGUUGAAACAAUAUUAGCUGAAUUUAAUGUUGAACUUCGAUCAUUUCUUGAUGGAGAUUAUCAAGUUUAUUCUCAAUAUAAAUCUCCUAUUGAACAAUCACAACAACAACAACAACAACUAACUGAUUCAAUUAAUCAAACAAAAUCAAAUAAACGAAAAGAUAAUGAAAAAAAUGAUUCAAAUAAAGAUAAAAAAAGUUUAUCAGCUUCAAAAUCAAAUCAAGAUAAAACCAAAGAUAAAAAACAAAUUAAUGAAAAUGAAGGUGAUUUAGAUAAAAAUAAUUUAAUUCAACCACUUCAAUGUUCAAUUCAAUUUCAACUUCAUCGAUUUGUUUCACAAGAACAAAUUAUUUAA